UCGGCAGUCGGAAGUAUGCGUCACGGUGACGUUUUCUUUGUACACGGAAGAAACCGGAGAAAUCAGCGGAGGACGGGGAGAGCGUCUCAUAAGUGCCUCUCCUCCAUCCAUGGUGGGUCUUGAGCAAUGCUCCAGAGAAGAUGGGACAAGCUCUGUGUAUCUGCUCGCGCAGUGCCAUCACCUUUGACAACAAGAGAUACUACUUCAUCCAGAAACUAGAUGAAGGAGGUUUCAGCUAUGUGGAUCUGGUAGAAGGUGCGCAUGAUGGCCGCUUCUACGCUCUAAAGCGGAUCCUUUGCCAUGACCGCGAGGGCCGCAAGGAGGCUCAGACCGAGGUGGAGAUGCACCGCCUUUUCAACCAUCCCAACAUCCUCAGCCUGACCUCACACACCUUCAUGGAGCGCGGCGGGAAGUGUGAGGCCUGGCUGUUGCUCCCAUACAUCAGUAAGGGAAGUCUGUGGUCUGUUCUGGAGAAGCUGCGGGAUAAGGGGAGCUCUAUGCCUGAGAGCCGCAUACUACACAUUCUGCAUGGCAUCUGUGAAGGCCUCAAAGCUAUUCACGACAAAGGCUAUGCACACAGGGACUUGAAACCCACCAACGUUUUACUAGAUGAGAACGAUCGUCCUUUGUUAAUGGACUUGGGCUCCAUGAACAAGGCCAGGAUUGAAGUUCGAGGGUCACGGGAGGCCAUGACGGUCCAGGAUUGGGCCACUCAGAGGUGCACCAUAUCCUACAGAGCACCGGAGCUCUUUAAUGUGGAGAGUCAAUGUAUCAUUGAUGAGAGAACAGAUAUUUGGUCUCUAGGUUGUGUGCUGUACUGCAUGAUGAUGCUGGAGGGACCGUAUGACUUGAUUUUUCAGAAGGGUGACAGCGUGGCUCUCGCCGUCCAGAAUCCAGUCUCCAUUCCACAGCCAUGCAGUUAUUCUCAAGGUCUUCAAACCCUCCUCAGCUCCACUAUGGUGACCAAUCCUCAGGAAAGGCCCAGAAUCAGCUGGGUCCUUGACCAGGUCCAGAACCUUUGGGACUCAAACGGUACAGACGUAGAUACCAACAGAAUAUGAUGCUUCCACUGAGAUUUCAUGUCUGUUUUCCAGUGGACUCUGGAUGUUUUGGACUAUGCACUCUCUCUCUCUUUCGGACAAAAACAACCCACUGAACUCACAAGCCUUGCAAACAUUUGCUCUGUCUUACCUCAGUGAGCUCAGCACACCAUGAUUACACAUUCAAACACUAGCCUUCGCAUCAAUGUCUCAUAUUUCACCCCAAAAUCCAUAUUGAGCAAUGAAAUUAUUUUAUGAUUUUGGAAUAAAAUAUGAACAGGACAUGUUCCUGAUUUUGUGGGAUUCAUUGUUAUGGCACACAAACCACACAAUAGAGUGCAGUAGCUUUAUUUGCUGUAAUGGCUGCAUUAUCAAAGGCACCGGUUAUGUAUCAUCAAACCAGUUAUUUUCAGAUUGUACUUUGGCUUAUGUGUCUUUCUCCAGAUUUAUUAGCUUGUACAUUUUAAGGAACCAAAACCAAUAUAUAUUUAUGAGGGCUUUGAUUGGAAUUUUAGCUGUUUAAAAUGACAUUAGUUAGGUUAUUUAAACAACAGUUCUGCUGAUAAAGCAAGACAUCUGAGGUUUUUGUGGGACUUUGUUGCAAAGGCCCAAAGACAAAAAGCUGUGUUCCUGCCAUUGGACUUCAUUUGUGAAACAGAUUUCUGACUAAAUGGUUAGCAAAAUCUUAUGUAUGUUGUAGCAUUGAAAAAUUGUUCUGCUCUUGUUUAAUGAAGGAAAAUGCCUGAAAAUGUGUGAAUUAAAGAAUAAGUAAUUUUAAGCAACUGUAGUGCUCCGCUUUUAUCAGCAAGUGAAAGUGGUGUUAGUUAUGCUACGCUCAGUAUUUCUUUCAGACUUGGAGAGGAUGUAUAAAAAAUGGUCAUGCCUGUGAAAACUUGUUAAUGCUAGUUCACAUUACUUUGCAAAAAGGAUGCGCCCACUUUUCUUUUUUUUAACAGGUACACAUUUGUUUCAGUUAGUAUAAGUUUCUUUAAUUGCUUACAGUAUUAAGGUGUUCUUUAAAG